AUGUCAUCCAAACAGCCCCGUGAGGCGUCCACGCAACGUCAAGACAUCGACGAGCCAACCUACAAAGGACGGUCUCGUCUGCCCAAACUCCUGCUCUACCACGCGAUCCCACAGUGGCAACAAGAGAAUGAAUAUAUCUUAUCAGGUUAUAGGCCCACCUCGGGGUCCGUCUGGAUAUCCCUUGAAAGUCUUCUGUAUAUCAACAAUGAAACGAUCAGCACCUACUCGCAUCUUCUCGGCUGUGCUUUAUUCCUCUGCUUGCCUCUCUACUUUUACCGAAAUGCUUACAAGCCCCACCCAAAUUCCCAAAUAGCCGACAUGCUCGUCGUCUCGACUUACUGCCUUGGUGUGGCGGUUUGUUUCGCUCUGUCAGCCACAUGUCAUAUCGUAUGGAACCACAGUCCAUCAUUUGCUUCCCUCGGCAAUAAAUUAGACUACCUUGGUAUUCUAGUCCUUAUGUGGGGAGCAAGUAUCCCAACGAUAUACUAUGGCUUCUUCUGCGACAGUUCACUUAGGCACUUAUAUUGGACAACUACGAGUUUGUUAGGCCUGGGCUGUGCCGUAUUCACCCUCAAUCCUCGCUUCAGCCAGCCGCGGUUUCGGCGCUGGCGUGCAUGUUUAUAUGCGUCGUUUGGCCUGAGUUCCAUAAUAUUUGUGGUUCAUGGUCUUAUACUUCAUGGAUGGGAGGUGCAAAGUUCUCGCAUGUCCUUAGUGUGCAUGUCCUGGAUGGCGUGCUCCAACACAAUUGGUGCGGUCAUCUAUGCUGCCAGGGUUCCGGAGAGGUGGGUGCCGUAUCGCUUCGACAUUUACGGCGCUAGUCAUCAGAUAUUUCAUGUCGCCGUCAUGGUGGCUGCUUUGAUACACUACGCUGGACUCUGGGCGGCAUUUGAUACGGUUCGAUCCCGAUUUGACGCAUGCACAAAUUCAUGA